GCAUGCCCAUCGGGUUGGUAUGGAGUCGAUUGCACUUCGAACACAGCCGUUUGUAACGCUCAAGACUCUCACAAAUUAUGUGGUGAUCACGGUACAUGUGUGGCUACUGGCACAACCCGCGGUUACACAUGUAUCUGUGAUCAAGGAUGGAAGUCGAAUGGAGAUGACCCUGCAUGUAAAAUAGACGUGAACGAAUGUGAAGCGAGGCAUCCUCCAUGUUCAAUGCAACCAUAUGUGCCUUGCAUUAAUGUACCUGGAGACUUUUAUUGCGGUAGUUGUCCUGCUGGUUACACUGGAAAUGGGCACUAUUGUGCUGAUAUCGACGAAUGCUCAACAGACAAUGGUGGUUGUAGUAUUGUGCCAAAAGUCCAAUGCAUCAAUACAAUGGGAUCAAGAGUAUGUGGGUCCUGUCCACCUGGCUAUCAAGGUGAUGGAGUCACAUGUGUAUUCAUCGGAACUUGCAGAAUCAAUAACGGAGGUUGUCACCCACUUGCUAUUUGCAUCGAUAAUCCUGGGUUCAACAAUCUUCUUGUAGAGUGUCGCUGUCCUACUGGCUACCACGGUAGUGGAAUCGGCCCUCAAGGAUGUCAACCAGGCACUGAAGUUGAUCAGGGACCUUGUGCUAGUCAUCCAUGUAUUCAUGGUCACUGUAUACCGCACGACCUUAGCUUCAUUUGCAGAUGUGAUCCUGGAUAUACUGGAAUUACUUGUGCUACUCCAAUCAACCCAUGUUCUCCAAAUCCAUGCAAAAAUGACGGAAUUUGCAUGCUGACAGCUGAUCAACAAGUAUCAUGCGAAUGCACAGCUGCUUAUUCAGGCCCUCGGUGUGAAACUCCAAAAGAAACUUGUGGAGGCGUAAUCCGUGAUGUAGCAGGAACUCUAACAUAUCCUCCAAAUGGUGUUACUUAUGGUCACGGUCUCAGCUGUGCUUAUAUUUUAGCAACGAAUACAUCAUUAGUACUCAACGUUACCUUCACACAGUUCGAUUUGGAAUCAACCCCUGGUUGUCGUCAUGACUUUCUUCAGAUACACGAUGGAGGAAACGCUGGUAGUCAUCAAAUUGGAAGAUUUUGUGGAAAAAAUUUACCGAUGAAUGGCAACAUCAUUUCUACUCACAAUAGCAUAUACUUAUGGUUCCACACGGACAGCAGCAUUUCUCGAACUGGAUUCUCCCUUCAUUGGAAUAGUAUACCACCUGUUUGUGGCGGACAUUUACAC